AAAGUGGGCGCACAAUGUAGGAUUGGCCAAAAUUGGCUGCGUCCAUUUCACUUCAAAUUUGUCCUUCGUACUCAUUGGAUAUAUGACACACUGGCUACUAGUUAUAGUUUAAACAUUUUUAUAUUUAAACUAUCCUAAUUAAGAUAAAGACAAACGAACUAAUUAGCCUAAAGUAAACUCAUACCGAGGCUUGUAGAGUAAAACACGUACGUGGCAUCGGGCAGUUCCACGAGAGGACAUACAAGCCGUCAUGUCUGUGACUGGACUACUCUGGCACCUGGCUGUUGUAUGCUGGACCCUACAGGUGGGGCUGGGGGAGGUGUCCCACUCGCCAGAGUUAGGGGCGUUCGAAAAGAAUUUCACCAUAAAUUUUGAAGAAAAUGGCAUUUUGGCUGAGAUCCCCGCGUUGAACAACAAACCAACAACAGAGAGAGAGGGGGCCAAGUGGACCAAUGAUACAGAGUCAGAACCUCAGCUAGGGCGGGUCAUUGAGGCAACCACAACCACAGCAACCACACGGGUUGGCAGCACAUCAGGGAUAGCGACCACUACAACGGCAACCCGCGUUACCAUGACAACCAGUUUACCAGCGGUAACGUCAACCAGGACGGUCUUGUUCAACCCGGAUGUGGUUGCUCCUGAAAGCAAUGAGGAAGCCCCUCCUUACAUCGAGAGAACAAACAGUCAAGCACGAGUUAUCAUCCCUAAAUCUCAGUUCAACCAUUUUAUGCUACACUGUCAGGCGCAGGGGAGACCACAACCCACAUAUAAAUGGUACACCAACGGCGUGGAAGUUGACGGCAAAAACCCUAAAUCGGUCAUUUUAACGAACGGAACUCUUGUGUUGAAGAAUCUCACUCAUCGUUACAACAUGGUUCAUCAAUGCGAGGCGAGAAAUAUGUACGGAAAGUCACUCUCGGUCAAGUUCCAGGUCAUCGCUGAGAAGGACGCCGAAACUGAAUCAGAGGCGCCUGCAAUAGUUUACCCAGUCAGCGAUGGUCAGCCGUUGUCCAUCCCGUGUGGAGAGACGCCCCCUACAGUCCCCGACUACAUCAAAAAAUGGUACCGUCGACAGUCUUCGUCAGAGCUCUUCAUGGACGCCCGCAUAGGCAGCGAUCUCAACGGUACUUUACAUUUCGCAUAUAUCGAGAAAGCAGACGCCGGACCCAACUCGAACAUGUUUAGGUGUGGUCUAGCACCUCAAAGCUUGGAGAGUUCAAGCAUCAACAUGUACGGCACAUACCAGAUCAAAAUUCAGGAUGCGCCUAAAGGAGAUUUCCUUCCAAGAGUCGCAUACGCCCCAACUAAUGUAAAAGGUCAAAUAGGACGCAGCGUCACACUUGAGUGCUUUUUCUCUGGACGGCCUGUUCCCACGCUGAGGUGGACAGACAACAAAAACAAUGGUAUCCUUGGCAACCAGCGAUUCCAGCUGCAGGACUUUAACCGGAAGUUGGUUAUCACGGAAGUGAGGCAGGAAGACGAGGGGGAGUUCAGGUGUACAGGCACCAAUUCUAUGGGUUCCGCGCAGAUUGAGAUCUACCUCAAUGUCACCUCUGCACCCAUGAGAGAGAGUUCUUUUGGGCCCCUUACUUACCCUACAGAACACGACGUCACAUUGAACUGUACGGCUAAGGCGGCAGCUAAAGAGACACUAGAAAAACCUGUUUGGUACAGAAACGGGGAGGUUUUCAAAGAAGAGAACUUCCCUGACGUGUACCGGUACAGGUUUAACGAGGACAGGACGAGGCUGAGCAUAAAAAACCUGAACAAGAGCGUCGAUACGGCCUGCUACCAGUGUAAUAUCUCCAAUAGCGAGGGCUACAUCUUUUAUGACGGCUACAUCAGGGUCAUAGAUUCCAUCAAAAUAGGAUCAAAGAUCCCAGAAAAGAUCAAUCUGCUCACCUCACCUGAAAUUAUUGACCUGACGGUGACCGCUACAAAAGACGCAUGUUGCACGCUCACAAGGAAAUGGUACAUCAAUGAAACUCUCCAGGCUGAUUCAAAGUUUGAAAAUCCUCCAUUCUAUGAUUAUGGCUCGUCCACGGGUACUUUGUUUAUCAACAAGUCCCUGGUGUCACGUGAUCAGCUGAUGGAAAUUGUGGGAUACUACAGGUUGAGUCUGUACAACAGGUACCAGACUGUUGACGUCACGUUCUCUCUAACUUUAGAAGACGGUCCAGAGUCCCUAAUCUCUGCUGGUGGCGGGUUCACAGAGUGGUGGAUCAUCCUGCUAUGUGGUCUUCUGGUCAUCAUCAUCGCCAUUGUUGUCGUCGUCGUUAUCAUCAAAAGCAAUUACCCAAGAAAUACCUAUCUAUUGGAGAAGAAAGAGCUUAAGCACAAUCUCAACCCAGAAGCCGAUCUACUGAAUCAAUCUUUCCAAGAAAUUUAAGACAAGACAGAGGCCGAUCUACUGAAUCAAUCUUUCCAAGAAAUUUAAGACAGAGGCCGAUCUAUUCAAUUAAUCUUUCCAAGAAAUUUAAGACAGAGGCCGAUCUAUUCAAUUAAUCUUUCCAAGAAAUUUAAGACAAGACAGAGGCCGAUCUAUUCAAUUAAUCUUUCCAAGAAAUUUAAGACAGAGGUCGAUCUAUUCAAUUAAUCUUUCCAAGAAAUUUAAGACAGAGGCCGAUCUAUUAAAUUAAUCUUUCCAAGAAAUUUAAGACAAGACAGAGGCCGAUCUACUGAAUCAAUCUUUCCAAGAAACUUAAGACAAGACAUAUGCUAUUAACGUAACAAAGUAAUUAGUAACAAAUUUAUUAAAUCUUUUAUAAACCACCACUUUCACGAAAACUAGACAGAAUUACCUAAGAAACCAAUACCUAUUACAAAUCAAUAAAGUGUAUAUUUAAUUCUACAUGUUUUCAAGAUAUACCAAAAUCAGCUGCAAUUUACUCUAUCUUAUUUAGAAAAAUGAUCCCAUCUGCCCAGUUAAUGUUAGGUUCCCUAUUUGAGAUUAUCUCACAAUAACAUAUUCCUCGGCUUAGGUAUGUCUUCACAACUCUCUGAAAACUGUCUAUAGAUAGAUUGUUCUGCUCCUUUUUAAUUUAACUAAAUCAACAAAAUAUUCCUAUCCACACCCUUUCAACGUGGGUUACAUAGAUAAUGAUAGACAUGAACAUCGGGACGUGCUGAAUUAAAAUAUUUUAUUAGGGCUAAAUAAUGUAUUUUCGUGAAGUUCUAAGAAACCAAGACGUUUUACAAACCAAUAAAGUGUAUAUUUAAUUCUACAUGUUUUCAAGAUAUACCAAAAUCAGCUACAAUUUAGUUUAUUUAAUUUAGAAAAAUUAUCCCAACUGCCCAGUUAAUGUUAGGUUCCCUACUUGAGAUUAUCUCACAAUAACAUAUUCCAAGGCUUAGGCAUAUGUCUUCACAACUCUCUAGAUAUUUUGUUCUGCUCCUUCUUAAUUUAACUUAAUCAACAAAAUAUUCCCAUCCACACCCUUUCAGCGUGGGUUACAUAGAUAAUGAUAGACAUGAACAUCGGGAUAUGCUGAAUUAAAAUAUUUUAUUAGGGCUAAAUAAUGUAUUUUGGUGAAACUCUGGGCGAAGUUUGUUGUUUUUAUACUGUAUGGGUGUAUGUGUAUGUUUAUGUGUGCACUUGGAUGAAAGCAAAUAGUUAAUUACUAACACGUUGUACAAUGUCACCAUAGAUGAUGAACACACAGAUACAUUUCUUUAUUACAUUUGGUGUUUGUUGAAUACAAUAGUUUUCUAUUUGUGGUAAUGUUUUGAAUAUUUUGAAGUCUUUUUGUAAUACAAUUUGUUUUUGAUAAUUUCUUUAUAAAUGUAUGAAAUGUAAAAAAUAAUGCACAACUGUACUUCAUGAAACAAUGCAUAUUUUGCUUAUCGCCAUAUUUUCAAUAAAACCCAUUUG